AUGUCGUCCAAACCUUCGACAUCCCGAUGGAGGAAGAGAGCGUCGAAGUCCUUGAAAUACGUCGGAUUCGUGCCAGGGAGAGUAUCACACAUCCAUCUAGUGCACCGCGUGGAUACUUGGCGGAAGAGAAAAGCUGAUGCCAUGGGAAAAUCUCCAUCAAAGAUUCCCAAGCUAGUCACCGGACCAAGCCCCCAGAAGGCGACCACUUCUUUGGCCAAGCCCAGCAUAACAUCAAGCAAAACUAGUACCGCUCGCAAGAAGUCUGCCAGAAAGCUACCGAUAGAGAUAGCACAUAUCUACCCUGUUUCUCUGGGUCAGAAGAGCAAGAUAGAACAGGAGCAGUUUUGGGAAACUCUGUCUAACUUCUGGACACUAGAAAAGAUUAACUCCUGGAAGGCCAAAGUACUGGGACCUCAAGCAACCGAGCAUUGCGCCAAUCUCAUGUGCUUCAGUAAUAUCGCCCAUCAAUUGUGGGAAAAGGCUCGUUUUGCUCUAUACCCACUUCAGCUGAGCGAUGACGAAACAACCCUGACCGUGAAAUUCUUUUGGCUGCAUACAAUGGAUUAUCGUAAAAGCCAGUCAAUCACCCGACUUCCGUCGCCUAUUGCCCCCGAUCUUAUCUCCAGCACCAGGGACGGCAUACCUUCUGCCAAGCUAUUCAGGCUCGCAACUGAGGAGAAGAUUAGGUCUGGCGAUGUCCUCACUUUCCGUACGACGGAUCCAGUCAAACUUCCUCUGCCAUCGGUUAAAUUACUCCAGCUCCAGUGGACUUUACAUCGUGUUCUUGCUAUGAGUGGGGCGGCCGACGCUUCAGAUGAGGAUCUUGACCCAGAUUUCCAUAGGCCGGCGGGUGCUGGCUUGUCUUGGAGAAACGAAGUCGAAGAAGAGGAAGAGGAAGAAGAGGAAGAGGAAGAAGAGGAAGAGGAGUCUGAGCCGAGUGUCCAGUUUGGACUCCGUCGCCUGAACAUAGGCUGA